UACAUUUCUUGGUCUCUUUACCAUGCACUGCCACCAAUGAUCUAUUACUUCCCCCUUCAGACACUGGCUCUCACAGGUCUAGAAGUUUUUGCUGUCGCCUUCUUUUCUCCAAUAUUCUUGAUAAUUGGCCCUUUUUGGAGGUUGGCUAACAAUAAGUACAUCCUAGCCCUUCUGAGACUGACUAUGAUUGGAAGCUUAGCAUCAUACCAGGCGCCAAAUGCUUCAAUUAGACUGUUCAUCUUGGCUGCAGGUGUUUCCUCCUCAUUGCUGGUUCAAACAGUAACAUGGUGGUCAGGAAACAGUUUACAAAGGUUCGUCAGGAUAUGGGGCUUCAUGCUAGGCAAGAUAAUGCUCCUUGUCCUUCGCAUCUGGUGUACUUCACUAAAUCCAGUCUGGAGCUCACAAGCUGCCAAUACUGUCAUACUGACACUUGGUUUUAUAGCAGCACUGGAGCGAAUUUAUUCAGGUGGAGACGAGAGGAAACAAGAAGCAAACAAAACUGGUAAUGCAGUUAGAGAGACUGUUUCCCACCCUCAUUGGCUUUUGUCAGGGAUUGCUUUUGGCAGCCUCAUGUUCCUCACCCUGUGGAUAUUUGGGGAGGUCUCACUAAUUUCUAGAUGGGCAGUAAGUGGACAUCCACAUACAGGUCCAGAUCCUAAUCCAUAUGGAGGUACAGUUCUGUUGGGCCUGGCUCAUGGACUGAUGCUUUCAUUUUGGAGCUGGUCUUCUGUCACCAGUUUUGCCUGGUUUCUUGUAGGUUUAGCAUCUUCAGCCGGUCUCCUUUAUUUACACACCUGGAGUGCUGCUGUUGCAGGCAACAUUCUUGCUGUCUUUACUAUGUGUGUGUGGCCUCAGCUGGCUGGACGCUUUGUUAGCUGCCUGCAUCCUGGGAAAGCCAUGAGUACAGCCAUGUUUGCCUAUGUUCUUGAAUUAUUCUUCUCUGUGUGGUGUACAGCUUAUAAAUUUGUACCUGGUGGAAUUUACGCUAGAGAAAGCUCCCAUCUUCUUUUAGGAUUUAUAAUGUUAUGUAUUGGGGCAGACUUUCUAACAGGACCCAAGAAAGACCUUAGCUCUAUCUUUGAAGUGAAAAGCAACCAAAAGCCACUGUUCAAAAAGAGUAAAAACUGUAUUAAACUACUAUUGUGGCUAUUUGUUGGUGUUGGUUUGCUAGGAUUGGGUCUGCGUUAUAAAACUUACCAGAAGAAGUUGGGCCAAGGGGUUCCAAAAAGAGACUUCUCUGCUAUGAUCUGGCCUUUUAGAUUUGCAUAUGACAAUGAAGGAUGGUCUAAUUUGGAAGGAUCAGCUAAUUUGCUUAAUCAGACAGGUGCAGAUUUUAUCACUAUUAUAGAGAGUGAUGCUUCUAAACCAUUCAUUGGGAACAAUGAUCCAACAAUGUGGCUAGGGGAAAGACUAGGAUUUUACACAGAUUUUGGUCCAAGCACAAGAGAUCACACUUGGGGGUGAGUCAUCUUUACAUGCACAGUGACA